UGAUUAUGUCGACGCCAAAAAAGAAGUGAAGAUGUAAUUAUAAGGAACCCGCUGUCGGAUUCACCGACAAAUUUUGCAUUUGGCGCCCAAUUUUUAUCCAAUUUGCUUCAGCGCGGAGCAAGCAACAAAUUUUCUAAUGCAAUGAAUUGUUCCUCUAGUGAAUUUCAACAAAUGAAAUGACUUCCAAAUGAUUUAGAAGUGGAAAAACAACGUUCAAAACAUCAAAAUAAUAGAUAAUUAGCAUUAGUUGAACAAGUUCAAUUUUUGGACAAUUAAUUUAUCAAAUAUAUUAAAGUUACGUUAAAGUAGCAAAAUAUUUUCUUUUCUUUCGAGACGCUCAGUUUCUGUUAUUUUACUCAAAACUACUAGUUUACAGAACUGACUGCUAGUUACAGCCUCAAAAUUAAGAGGAGAGGCGACUUUCUUUGUUUGUUCAAUAGAAACGUCAGUUGAACCACUUGUCUCAACCAAGACGACUCACCAACUAUCAACUGUCUGUGUUACGUUCGCAUCUGUUGUUUCUUCUGCUCUUUCAGCACAAAAUAUUUAUGAAAGAGAAGCAUCGCCAGUUCCAACAUGUAGGAAUUCAAUAGGAAAAGGCACAGCAGUAUCAACCAUGAUCGACUUCCGACUUUACCAUUGUCACCUAUUCAAGAACAACGAGUAACAUCAUCGCUUACACAAACGUUCAAGUAAGUAAACAAAAAGAACUCUUUGUUAUCGUUAUCUCUUUCCACUACUUGUUUCUCUAUCUUAGAACUCGUACACUUGAAGAAAAGCGAUUAAAAUAUCCUGUUGUUGUUUUAGUUAAUUUAAAAAAUAUUUCAAGGUGCUAAGUCGUUGAUGUAGACGUCAUUCUUAUUCCUAUACACACACAUAAAGAAAAAAUGUUGUAAUUAGCUGAUAUUUUUCAAAGAAUUGAUAUUGGUGUUGGAAUCGAUGCUAAAGCUGAUAUACGUUGUAAAGAUAAUUUAUUAUGGAGAUUAAUCAUCACAUAUGUAUUAGAUUUAAGAAUGUGUGUUACAAAAGAUGAUCCAACAUCAACAGAUGAUCUGUUUGAUGUAUCUGAUGAUGAAACCGAUAACACCGAUAAUGAUACAAAUAAUGAACCAGCUGUGCAUGUGACAGAACAACAUAGCGAAAUGAUGAUCGAUAAAGAAGUUGAACUGAAUACCGCAAAUUCUGAAUUUAGAACAGAAUUACUGACUAUCUAUUAUGAAUGUUUGCAUGAAAAAGGAUAUUCUAAGAAUUCAAUAACGAAAACUAAAGAAAUAAUCUGUGAAAAUCUGCAGAGGUUAGCUUAUUUAACUAGCAAUUUUAUGCCUAGUGAUUUAACUCGUUAUCGGAGAGAAGUGAAAUUAUUUGAUAAUAUGAUAUUGAAAAAGGAUGCACAACGAACAACAGCUGAUUCUGAGAGCAGAAUGGGCAUAUUGAAACGUACACAACCAGGUACGACAUAA